AUGGCUCGCGUUCGGAGUGGUCGCCUACCGGUUGAUCAUGGAGAUCGCUAUCUAGUGGUCUUGACGGGCGUGUUCUUGCACGAGACGUUCCGCGUCGCGAAGUCUGACCAUGAGCUCAUGAUUAGGGGGAAGAUGCGUGAGAACAAGGCGCUCAAGGACCAGAUGGCGAUCCUGUUCAACGACAUGGACACCCACAGUACAGGCAAGGUCCACAGGGAAGAUUUCCAGGCCACCUUCAACCACCCGCGCGUGUCACUCUACCUGGCCGCCCUCGGGCUGAGCUACAAGGACGCAAACGAGCUGUGGGGCGUUGUGAUGGAGGAGGUGGGGCAGACUCCCAGCGGUGGCGAGGUCUCCACCGACGAUCUUACGUGGGCGAUCGGCAAGAUCCGUGGAGAGGGCCGCAGCGUCAAUGUCGUCAUGGCGCUGCAGCAGAUACGCCGACUGGUAGCCGGCCUGCAGGAGAGCGGCCUCAUCUCAGCACCGCUGGCCGGCCCACACGAUCCCAUCUCCAGGGAUCUGCUGGACGACUCCUUCGUCCAGGGCGGCUGCGGCCCAUCCGAGACCAGGGUGGCCGAGAUCUGA